AUGCGGCUUCUCUGUAUUGUCGCCGGCUUAGGCGUGUUUUGGGGGCUACCAACAGCAAAUGCCCAGAUAACUCUCAACUCGCUUCUCGUCGAGAACCAAGUAGCACCUCUCGGCAUCGAUGUUUCUCCUCGUUUUUCAUGGAAAAUCGCCUCUUCUGCUCGCAGUGUCAGCCAAACUUCCUAUCGUCUGACCAUUUCCGCUUCUGCUGCUGGGAAGUCCGACGUUUGGGACUCGGGCGUUAUACCAUCAUCAAAUCCAUACCUUGCCCCGUAUUCUGGCCCCGCUCUUAGUUCCGACACGCAAUACUUCUGGACCGUGGCCGUUGUGUCUUCUGCAGGCUCUGCCUCGGCCCAGUCGACAUUUACCACCGGUUUUCUUUCACAAAAUGAUUGGGGCACCAGCGCUUGGAUUGGAAAGAAUACUACCAUUGUUUCGCCACAACUAACGGCCGCAUUCAAUGGCGCUAGUUGGAUAUGGACCCCUUCCCCUGGUCAAACUCCACCUGCCGCUCCUGCUGGCGAUAUCGCUUUGCGACUCACUUACGCCAUCCCCGCGGGCAAGACUGCCGUUAGCGCGUCCUUUUUAAUCACCGCAGACGACCUUUACACACUUUACGCAAAUGGUGUUGUCGUUGGAAGUGCUCCCGAUGUGACAGAUGCAUGGAGAACCGGACAGAUAUUCCGCGACAUUGCGUUAGACAACACUGCAACAUCUCUCGUAUUUGCGAUUCGAGCAACAAACCGCGCAGCUGGUGCAGCGGGUGUUAUAUUUGCUGCUCUUGUGUCGCUCUCGGACGGCACUUCAGUGACGCUCACAACCUCAAACUCGACAACAACUGGUACUUGGAAGGCUACCGCCACCAUUCCGGCGGACUUUCAACUGCCUUCCACAUCCGAUGCGAACUGGGAUACUCCUAUAAGUUUGGGAACCUAUGGUGUUUCUCCUUGGUCAAACGGCGUCACAUUGUCUCUUCCAACCGUUCCAACCCCGUCCCUCUCUACUGCUUCUUGGAUUUGGAACACUGCGGACGCGGCCAGUAGUGCACCAGUCGGAGAUGUUGCUUUCCGGCGCACCCUUUCAUUUUCCUCAAACUCGACUAAGACUCCCGUAUCCGCUCGAAUCGUUACCACUGGUGAUAAUCUGUUUGCCCUGUGGGCCAACGGAGUUUUGGUUGGCGAAGCGGCAAAUGAAACUGAUGUUUGGGGUGUUGCUUCUACUAUCACAGUCUCAUUUGCUUCGGGCAGUGAGAGUGCUCCUAUCGCCGUUGAUGGGUCGCAGCAGGUUGUUUUCGCCGCGAGUGUGACCAAUUUGGGUGACAGAAACAAUGCUGCAGGCUUCAUUCUGUCCGCGUGGAUUGUGUAUUCCGAUGGCAGUAGAGAUGCGCUUGUUAGUGACGGAAGUUGGAAAACUAUUGGCACUCCUCUUCCUGCAAACUGGCAGAAUCCUACAUUCGACGACGCUGCUUGGGCAGCGGCCAACGUUCUCGGACGAUAUGGUAUAGGGCCUUGGAACAAUGGAGUUCGUGUGCCCGACCCGUUGGGCGAGCAUCCUGCUCCUCUCUUACGAAAAAAAUUCACGCUCAACAGCGAGGGCAAGGGCAUAUCUCAAGCACGACUUUUCUACGCUGCCGGCGGAUUUGCUGCGAUCCAGCUCAAUGGAAAACCCAUCUCUGACCACGUGAUGACGCCAGGUUUUACCAAAUACGACACUCGCGUGCAAUAUGUUGUUGCUGAUGUCAAGAACCUUUUAACCAGUGACAAUUCCGCCAAUGCUCUCGCGGCUGAGUUGGGUCGCUCGCACUACGGCGUAACACAAGCCAGCGCGUGGAAUUGGGAGAGUGCACCGUGGCAUGCUGAGCCGGUCCUGCGAAUCGUCCUCAGUGUUGUCUACACAGAUGGCUCGCGGGAACGGAUUGUCAGCGACGGUACCUGGAAGGUGAUCGAAGGGCCAACGCGACUAGACGAUUUGUUUGGAGGAGAAAACUACGAUGCGAGGUACAAUAUUGCCGAAUGGAACCUUGCGUCAUUCGACGACAAGGAUUGGAAAUCUGCAUUUGUGGCCGCAGCGCCCAAGGGUAUCCUUGUUCGUGCAAGGCAGCCACCUACGCGACUGAGAGAAAGUUUGAAGCCCGUCAAAAUCACUCAACCUAUCCCUGGGCAAUAUGUAGCGGAUUUCGGGCGCGUCAUCGUCGGCUGGGUCAAGCUCACAGUGAACGGCCCUAAAGGAAGCUUGGUUACUAUUCACUACGGCGAAAAGCUGAAUUCCGACGGCACGGUCAUGUACCAAGACACUCAGCACUACUACGCAAACAAUUUCCAGACAGAUCGAUACUGGCUGGCUGGCUUGGGCACUGAGACCUUCGAACCUAAAUUCUCUUAUAAAGGGUACCGAUACAUGCAAAUUUUCGGUUGGCCUUCCUCCUCCGCCCCCACGCCAAACGAUAUCAUUGGCCAGGUUGUCCAUGACGACCUAGCGCUCACCGGCGACUUCCGAUGCUCCAUCGACCUGCUCAAUAGAAUGCAUCUUGCCUCCGUUCAAACCAUGCUCAACAAUGUCCACUCAAUUCCCACCGACACGCCUGUUUAUGAAAAGAACGGGUGGUCUGGCGAUGCUCAGGUUGCUGCUGAAAUGUUUUUAAUGAAUCUUGACUCUCAAGAGCUUUUCGCGAAGUACACUGAAGAUCUUCGCGAUACUAUUCCCGCAGAUGGCAACGGGCCACCCGCUGUCAUUGCUCCUUCCGGUGGUUGGGGCGCAAACAAUCAAGCUGACCCAUGGCAUGCGGCCUUCGUUCUUAUACCUGCAUGGAUUCACGCGUAUCGGGGAGACACGAGAGUUCUGAGUGACAAUUAUGAGGCGAUGAAGAAAUACGUCAAUUUCGAACAGCGAAGAUCGCCAAAUAACAUUGCAAGCACCGGCUUGGGUGAUUGGGUCACACCAGAAACCUCCCCGCUAGGCGGCAAUCCUCCAGAAGACUCAAGGGUACCAGCGACCGCGUAUUUGUAUUAUAUGUUCGAUGUCAUGAGCGGCGUUGCCACCACGCUCAGAAAGACUGAAGAUGCAGCAACAUUCGCCUCGCAAGCAGCAGCAGUCAAGACUGCCUUUAACAACGCUUUCUGGGCCAACGGACAUUAUGUUGGCAAUGGUGAUAGCGGCUACCGUCAAUCACACAACCUCCUUGCUCUCGCCUUCAACCUGACUACCAGCCCCAGUAAUGCUCAAUCAGUUGCCGACAGUGUCGCUGCCGAUGUCAACUCGCGAGGAGUUCACCUCAACACUGGUGCUCUCAGUACCAAGUAUAUUUUGCCCAUGUUAACGAACAACGGACAUGCGGACCUUGCGUUAGCUGUAGCGCAGCAAACCACCUUCCCUAGCUGGGGCUUUUGGAUGGAGAACGGCGCAACCAGUAUGUGGGAGCAUUGGGCGAUCAACGCACGCUCCCACGACCAUUACUUCCUUGGUACCUUCGACGACUGGUUCUACAAGUCCGUGCUUGGUAUUCAAAUGACCAGCACCGCUUUCAAGACUGUCACCAUUGCUCCGCUCUACACGGCAUCGAUCCCUUCAGCGAGUGGCUGGCUGAUGACCCCCUUCGGAAACAUCACAGUUUCGUACAGGACGAGAGGCUCUUCGUUAACUCUGGAUGCCACUAUUCCCGUUGGUGUUUCUGCGAAAGUGUCGUUUGCCACCGGGAAGACUCUAACGGAAGGCGGGAAAGAUGUGACUGGAGUCAACGACAUCACGACCGUCCCUGGCUCCCCGACCCAGCUCCAGGUCGGGUCUGGCACCUAUACAUUUGUCAGCCAGUAA